GCUACUUCUUUCCUUCGUUAUUUCUGUGAGGAAAAGCACAUUGUACAGAUGCGAGGCUUAGAUUAUGAAACAACAGAGCAAGAUGUCAUUAACUUUUUCAAGCCUUUAGGUAUUGAGCCAAAGAGUGUGAGUAUGAAGUAUGAUGGUAGUGGUCGUGUUGCGGGUGUCAGUGAAGUCGAAUUCGCUACACAUGCUGAUGCAGUCAUUGCUAUGAGGAAAAGAAAUGCUUUCAUAGGUCAUAGAUUCAUACGCUUAACUCUCAAAUCUUCUGAACCUGAGAAUAGAAAUGAAAACAGUGGCAUUUCCAGCAGUAGUCAAAUCUCAUCACAAUCUAAAGUUGACAUAAAUAUGCUCGGUUCUGCACCCAGUAGUCAUGUUGUUCAAAUGAAAAAUGCCCCCAAGAGAAUGACAGAUCAAGCAAUUUAUGAAUUCUUUUGGCCUGUUGGAAUACAGCCUGUCUCUGUCAAACCCAUCUAUAAUGAAAGCGGUAUCCGAACUGGGGAAUUUGACGUGGUGUUCCAGACACAUGAAGAUGCAGUUAGAGCUUUGGUUAAAAAUCAUGCUUAUCUAGGAAAAAAAUUUGUGGAAAUUUCUUUAAAAGUUCCAUAAUUUACCCAGGAAGGCAAAUAAAGAAAAUGGAGACAUAAUUUCAUAAUUUACCUAGCUGAAGCAGUUUUUCUUCCAUUUCAAUUUUUGUUUCUCAUGUAAUAAAAUAAUUAAAUUCUAGAAAUAAGUAAUUUUAUUUGCGAAAUUUGCAUUAAAGAUUAUCAGAGUUUUUCGUAUAACUGUCAGAUUUAUUCAUUUGUGAAAAUUGAUUUGUUCAUUCAAAAUAUCAGACUUUUUUAUUCAUGAAAAACACAAAAUUAUGUGAAUAAAUAUUUUUCUGUAUGAUGUAAAAAAUAAAGCUGUAUAUUCAGCUUUUGGAAAAGUGAUAUUUCUUCUAAUUAUUGAAAAUUUUUCUUGUGUUAAAAGGGAAAAUAAUGACGAAGUGUAUUGUUUGAAAUGUUUUAACGGAAGUUUUGAAGGCCUUAUAUAUUCGGAAAAGGUGUUUAAAAAAAUAUGAAAUAUCCUAAAAAUGCAUUCAGCUAUAUAUCUUUAACUAUAUAUAAACUAUGAAAAUCUUUUAUUUAUAUAUGAUGACUUGUUUCAAUUCAAAGACGAGCUAAUUAGGAUCUGGCAUGAGUUCUGUUUUAUUCUGUGAAUAAUUUGUAAUUAUUAAUAAAUUUUUAAUUGUA